CGUCACGUCACGUCAUUAAUGUCAAUAUCUGCUAUCAAAAUACUUAUCCCAAAAUUUUAUAUUGUUUUCAUGAGAAAUUGAAUUGCAUUGUAAAAUGGAAUCUUAUGAAAGUGUUAUUCUGGUUAAGAAUGAAGUGUUUGUGUUUAAAAUACCCCCUAAAACUUCAAACAGAGGCUAUAGGGCAGCUGAUUGGAACUUGCAAGAGCCACAAUGGACGGGGCGUAUGCGACUUGUCGCCAAAGCAGAAGAACUGAUUAUGAAACUGGAAGACAAGACUUCUGGAGAGCUGUUUGCAAAAUGCCCCAUUGACAAAUAUCCGGGGGUAGCUCUCGAGUCCGUUACUGAUAGCUCACGAUACUUCGUCGUGAGGAUUCAGGAUGAUAAUGGUAGAACUGCUUACAUUGGUCUUGGAUUUGGUGAUCGAUCGGAUUCGUUUGACCUAAAUGUCGCUUUGCAAGACCAUUUCAAAUGGCUAAGAAAAGAACAGGAAGGAGAGCAAGCCCCUCAGCAGAAUCUAGAUUUGGGCUUUAAGGAAGGAGAAACAAUAAAAAUCAACAUGAAAAUUACUAAGAAGGAUGGCAGUGAAGGCAGUAAGCCCCGCCGCGGUGUCGGCGCAGGAGGCGGAGGCCUGUUACUGCCCCCACCAGGUGGCUCCCGGCUGCCACCCCCACCAUCACCACAACAUGCUCCUUCACCAUCUGCCGCUGUUGCUCCUCCUGCUGCUAAUUCUGAAUGGGGUGACUUCAAUUCUGCCAGUGCUCCAAGUCAACAACAGCCCGUGACGCCAGCUAAUCAACAGAACUGGGUGCAGUUCUAAGCUCACUUUAUUACUAUGCUAUUGUGAUUUGGUGUCUGUUGUAGGAUGGCACUCACGUGUGUUGCACAAUACUUAAAAUUACUUAAUUAUGUAGGCAUAUUAUAUCAACAGCUCUCGUAUUCAUUCUGUAGUAAGUUUAAUUCAAAUAUCAUUAUUGUUAUAGGGUAAAUGUUAUUGAUACUAUUAGAUGCCAGAUCACAAUAUAAACUUACGCAAUAAAUACUAUUAAUUGAUGUACUUUACUAUCUGUAUAUGUUGUAACACUAAGUAUAAUUACUUAGAUUAUGUGGUAGAAUAUUUUUGGCUCUAUAUAAUAUUGUUGUUAUCGUAUGUUGUUGAACAGUGCAUGUCAUAGACACUAUGUAAAUAGUUGUAAACUUGAAACAAAUAUCACACUAUGCUAGUUGCUAUUACUAUAUAUUAUUAAUGUUUAAACCUUCUCUUACAAAAUAUAAACCCCAGAUCUGUAUUUUUGGCAUUUGUGACAGAUGUACAAAUAUAAAAAAGUAUGUAAAAGUAAAAGUUAUCACUAUAAAUUA